CCACGGGAACAAGGAAGUUCGCCGUCGCCAUUAUUUCCUGAACCAGCACGCCCACCGCGCACAGCUCACUUCUCCCCGCCUCUUGCUCCCGACCGCCAUCUCACAUGCCCAAGGCUGCCCCCGGGCCCUCCCAGUCGUCCACCCGCGCCGCGCUGCGUCGCAAUCAGGCAUGUCGCUCGUGCCGGAAGCGCAAACUAAAAUGCGACGCUGCUCGGCCACACUGUGGCACUUGCGUGAGGCAAUGGAAAGUCACCAUUAGCGUACCUGCUCCCGUUGGCUACGCGCAUCCUACUGAGCCCCAGUGCUGUUACGAUCCUGUCGAAGGACUGACACCCACGCCUACUACUCCCGGCAAGGAUCCAUAUGACAAGAUCAAAGAAUUAGAAGAACAGAUUGCUCAGCUCAAGCGACAAGUGCAAGAACAGCCAUCGGCUGAGUCCAGCUCUGGCUCCUCAUCACAUAAACCUUCACCCUUGAACGCUUCUACUUCUUCUCCGGGUAAUACAGCAAGCAUUCCCCCGGCCGCCAAUGGUUCCCACCUUCCGAGCAGGCCUACUACGCACGAAAUUGGCGCACAUGUCUUCAACGCACAUACCCCCACUACCACAACCGCCUCUGCAAGUCCCAAAGACGAUACAACCUUGAUAAGCCCCAACUCAGGAACUGCCGUAUCCAUCGCUAGACAUGAAUCGCCCGACCCGGAUCCCUUCAUGGAGCUGUUAUAUUCUGGUUGGGAUCCCCAACUACCGGACAGAAGAUCGCUCAAUCACUACGUCGACAUAUACUUCAAGCGAGACCCUUGCGCUCAGCGCGUGCUGCAUCGUCCGUCUUUCCUCGCUUCUCUUCAUCUCUCACCCCGAGACCCUGGAUUUCCUCACUCUGCACUACUUCAUGCAAUAUGCGCAUCUGCGUCUCGCUGGACGUCGCAAGAUGUGACUACCCUUCCUGACGGCUCGCGCCGCGACAGCUUCGCCGAAUAUCACGCUUCCAAAACCCGACAAUACAUCGACAAGACGAUGGCAAGUGGCGAAGACAUCUUUGCCGUCAUGCAAGCCUGCAUCAUCCUUUCGUGGUACUUCUACCAGGAGGGCCGCUGGGUGGAAGUUUGGAUCUUUGCGGCCUUCCAGACUCGCGUCGCCGUUCCGUUACGCCUCAACUACCCCGGUACCUUUUGCACGCAUAGCAACAACUCACCCGGCGCCUACCUUGCUCCUCCGAAGGACUUCCGCGACCUGGAAUCACGGAGACGGACGUGGUGGAUGACCAUAUUAUUCGACCGUAUAGCCAGCGUAGGAGGAUGGCUACACGCUAUCGACGAAAGGGACCUGGGAACGGAGUUUCCUCUGCGUUCCCAGGACUUCGAGGAAGAGAACCCGGUACCCAGCAACCCGCAGGACCUCGCUACCCCAGACAUCUUCACUCGACACCCGCCAAUGUACACCGACUCGUUCUUGCUAUUCAUGAAGGCCAUCAUGCUCUUCGGCCGGGUCACCGAUUUCAACGUCCGGGGCAACCUCCGCAACCCAACAGGCCCUACACGACACCAGAACCCCUUCCUCAUUCCAGGAUUCACCGAGCUCGACAACUUAGUCGCACACGACUUCCUGCAUAACCUACCUCAGAUAUACCGUCACUGCGGCGUCAGCGACGCGCCGGACGGCAGCACCAUAGACACGGAUCUGUAUAUGGUGCAUAUCGUCCCGCACGCAGCGACGAUUACGCUGCAUAACCCGUAUGUUGACUUCGACGAUCGGUCGUGCGUCUCCACGUCGCGAUGCAUACAUGCUGCGCGGGCCAUUCUUUCGGCAUACUACAAGCUCUCGGCGACAUCUCUGGACAUCACCCGCCUUCACCCGUUCGCAACGAUAUGCUGGUAUCUCGCGGCUGUGGUCGAAGUUCAACUUUGCAAGUACUUCAUUGAGAUAGGCGACCUGGACAGCGAGCAAAAUGUCUGGGGAGAGAUCAACGUCUUACGCUUCGCGAUGCUGGAGUACGGGCGACGAUCACCUAUCGGCACCCGCCAAGAGCGCCUCCUCCAAGGCCUCAUGCGCGAGAUCAUUCGAAUGACCACACAGAAGCAGCCCCUCGAGGUCGGCUUCCCCCUAUACCCCUUUUCGCACUCUACUGCCUUCGCCAAGGAUGCGGUCUCUCAGCCCCUGGCGAACGAGCCAUUGCCUGCACCUCUGCCCAUGAGCAUCAGCACGGCGGACCUCUCCCCGUACGCGGGGAUGGGUGGGAUGGGGGCCAAUACUGCGGGAAUGGGCGGCCAUACCGCCAGCAUGGGUGGUAAUACCGCUAGCAUGGGAGGCAAUACCGCUGGCGAUAUUGCGUCGCUAUGGAUGGGGAACGGAACGGGACUUUGAACCUCUGGAAGCUAUGAUACCUGUACAUUACGAUCUUGGCUAAACACGUUGGGACGACCUCAUACUUAAUGCACUUAUAAUUUGCC